CAUUUCCUGUGUUACUUGCAACGACGUUUUAUGGAUAGUGUAGUGCAAAGAUGUGUAAUUUUGAAGAUUAUGGCGUUUAUCAUGGAUAGAAGACGGAAAAAUGUUGAUUCAUUGAAUAAAUUCGGUACGUGCAGGUUCGAGUUUCUAUUGGAGCAGCAUGGAGAAGUUGUGGCAAGGUCUACGCCAAUGGACGAGUUCGUUCCUGUGUGUUCUCAGUAUAUACACUAUGGACGAUUUGGUGUUGCACGACGUACUACGUUCGCGUACCCUGGAAGAGAAUUCCCCUGAGACGAGACACGGGGAAGAGGGUCGUGCACCAGGACUGCUCUCAUCGUGGCCCUUUCGUGAGAACAAGUGCGAAACAAGUGUCGCACAGGUUCCUACCACCUAUCUAAGCUACAUUCAAAAGUAUUUCACAAUAGACCUACAAAAGUAAACAUACAAAAUCUGUUUCAAGCAGCCCUAUCUUCAUUGUAGCCACCAAAAACCUGUAAUUAAGAAACGACUCAAGCUCAGCCUACUCACCUCUCACCAAGGAAGCGAGGCACUCAUUGUACCAAGACAGCCGCAGAAGGAGCCAGGCGUAAACAUACGUAGGAUGGCUGAAGAGAAGCGUGGCUCUGGUGUCCAGCGGAAACGGCCUGCUCCGGAAUCGAUCGUAAAAUCGAGACCAGGGGAGAGGGCUGGCAUCAUCGAAUGAUAGCGUUCAUUCGGGCUGAUGGCUGUUAGGGAGAGGUCGCCCGACGAACCGGGGGUGGCACACCGACGGGGAUGAACACAGAGAUUCGGAGGGCGGCGACUGUUCUCUCAUCCAGCCAAGGGGUGGCACCGUGGAUCGACGAAUCAGCGCCGAGAGAACGUCAGACAGUGACCAAACCCGUUUCUCCGUAACCGACCGGCGGCCACACCCCCGGCGUGCACCCUCUCCGUCGGUUAUUGAAUUAAGCUUAUCAUUUGAUUUUGAGGAGACCCACCAGUCGGUCGUCUCGGGCUCUCUUAAGCGGGCCGAAAAACUUCUUUCUAUCCGCGGCUAUAAUCGCAAUAAUUUGAUAUCGCUGAUCCGAUUACGCGUCAUAAGCUGCUAUCGAGCAACCGGCUGCCGCCCGCGUCCCUUAGCUCUUGUCCGCGAUCAGAGAGAAUUACGUGACGCUACCACCGUUACUUGUACACCCUGGCCUGCUGAUUAACCGAGAUUUCCACGACGGAAGAAACACGCCGCUGCUAGGGCCAAAAGCAACGCCGCGGCUAAGGCCCGGCUGGGGCCCUCAGUUUCUUUUCUUGCGACACUCUCAUCUUCUUUUUAAUCCUGUCUACGCUCAGAUCCCUCGAAUCUGCAUGCUGCAGUGAAUGGAAGAGCCAGCUGAUCCUAUUUAAAGUCGUGAAACUAUCAGGAUCAAAUCAGCCAACGACCCGGUACUACCAAGAUCAGCCAGGAUCUACCAACAACCAGAAGGAUUCAGUUUUAUAGGAUUCUGAUUGAGUGAAGAGUCAAGAUGAGGAAGAGAUAAGAGGAUUCGAUGAACUGUCCAGGUGUUCCGCGCUCAGUGCCCUCGUCUAUUCGCCCCUGACAAAGUCAGACACGCCUGUGACGAAGGAACUCUGCACUUUUGUCUUGGAAUUUCGGUGCUUCGAGUGAACAAACCAUGGAUUAUUCGUACUUGAACCAGGCGGCUGCCGCUGCGGCCGCCGGUUUCGAGGCUUCUAGCUGUGCUCUGGCUGCCAGUGAAAUGCAAUGUGGAUACGGGGACUUGAGUUCUUGCUCACAGAUGAGCCAAGCUGCUUAUCGUUACACGGCUGCGAGGGCUGCUGGCUAUCCAGGCAACGCGGGAACUACGAGUACAGGAAGCACCACGCCGCUGGGGGCCCAUCACACCACCCACUCUCAUGCCCACGCGCACCACGGGGCCCAUGCAACCCCCUGUUCGGUAAUGGCCGCCAGAUCUCAAGAGGUCCACAGACACGCCGCCUCGAUCUUCCCGUCGGCCAUUAAUCUACAGAGUGGAUUAGGAUAUAAGGCUUAUUCAGGACACGAUGGUUUAGCAGAGAAGAGAAAACAACGUCGGAUACGAACGACGUUCACAUCGGCUCAGCUUAAAGAAUUGGAGCGUGCCUUCCAGGAGACCCACUAUCCGGAUAUCUACACUAGAGAAGAAAUUGCCAUGAAGAUCGACCUGACGGAAGCUAGAGUCCAAGUAUGGUUCCAAAAUCGACGUGCGAAAUUCCGGAAGCAGGAGAGGCUGGCCCAGCAGAAGUCCACGUCCCAAAGCGGUAUAGGAGUAGACAGCGGAGCUUCGAGUCCCGUAGGAGGCAACGUGAAGGCAGAAGGCCGUUCUCCAAGAAGUCCAGCGACGCCACCAGGCAGCUCGAACAGCGUAAUGUCUACGAACGAGGCGAAACCAAUUCCGAAUCCGAAUCUCGUGAGCGUGAAACACACCAGCGACACGGCUACGGAAGGAAACUCACCCAACACACGUGGAAGUAACAGCGGCGGAGGAACAUGGGGCUCCUGUAGCCCCAGGCCCUUCUCUGCAGCGCUACCUCCGUAUCUAUUGGACCCGCUGCCUCUGAAAACCGCGAAUCUCUACUAA